AAAAACACAAAAAAAUGACAGUGGAACAAAUAAGCUAAUUUGUGAUGAAAUUGUUUUACCGAGUGAAAAAUAGUUGAAACGGGUAAAAACAGCUUUGAUAAUCAUGGAAGCCGUUCCAAAAUUACCCAUGUUAAGUUUUGAGCUGAAGGUGAGCCACGAGAACACGCAUUUUGGACCAAAAUUGAAACAGUACAUUGCGGAAGCUUAUAGGGAGGAUCCAGACAGCUACAGCAAUGAGAUACAUCAGUUGGAGGGUUUGCGGUCAGCGGCUGUUCGACCUACAAUCGAUUCUGUUGGGUUGAGCGCCCUAAUCAGAUAUUUUUGUCAGCUGCGGUCGCUGCAAAGCCGAUUCCCAAUGGCUAAAGGUCAACCUGCUGCGUGUUCUUUCAGCUGGAAGGACCUGUAUGCAAACAUGAACAGAACUCUAGCAGACAUAAGGUUCGAAAUGGCAAGCAUUCUUUACAACAUAGGGGCACUCCUCACGCAGCUGGGUGCUGCAGAGCCUCGUAACACAGCCGACAGCCUGAAGACGGCUUGCACACACUUCCAACAUGCUGCGUGGGUGUUCCAGUACUUACGGGAACAGUUACCGCAGCCAUCAGGGGUGGAUGUGUGCUCCGAAAUCAUGAGGAUGAUGCAGGAGAUAUGUUUUGCUCUUGCACAAGAAUGCAUUCUGGAAAAGAGUAUUCAGGAUACCAGGAAACCUAGUGUUGUUGGUGCUGUAGCAACACAAGUGAUGUACUUCUACAAGAACUCACUAGGUUACCUGGGCCCUACCUCUGGAGCAGACAUAGUUCACGAGAUAGUUGGCACAAAGCUGUAUAACUACUGGCACAGAUACCUGUCCUUCAAGCUCAACUAUAUUGGCUGUGUUGUGUGUUUGUAUCAAGGCAUGCACGCAGAAGAACAACAGAAGAUGGGCGAACGUGUAGCCUUCUACCAACACGCAGUCGAACGGUUGGCUGAAGCCAGGAAACUGACCAAGAACAUAGAACCAGCCCAAGUAGUUCAAGAAGCUCUCACCUUCACCAACGACGUGGUGGAAGGGAAAAGGAAAGCGGCCAAGAAUGAAAAUGAGUUCAUUUAUCAUGAAGAAGUACCGGAGAAAGAUGUUCUUUCGGAUAUGAAGCCUGUUUGUCUGGUGAAGGCGUUGCCGAUUAACUUUAAUGAUCCUGAGGUAUCAGGCACCGACGUAUUCUCCCGCCUAGUUCCGAUGAUGGCUCACGAGGCGUCAUCCGUGUAUUCAGAGGAGAAAGCUCAGAUGUUACGUCACAUCGUCGGCCUGGUGGAGGCCAAGAAUACGGAGUUGACUGAGUUCAUGUCCUCGCUGCAGUUAGACCAGCUGGAUGUCAUUGAGUCUGAUCAGAAAGUACCGCAAGAGAUUGUAGAUAGAUGUGCCGCAAUGAAUGCCAAAACUGAGAUUAUUCAGACGCUUGUUGACUCCAUGAACAAUCUUGCUGAAAUCAUCAGCGAUGUUGAAGAGUCUUUGGCUGAGAUCAAGGAAAUUAUACAGGAUGAGACAACAAAAGAAAAGGAAUACCAAAAAAUCAUGGGACCGCGUCCCCCCUCCAUAGUACAAACCGAACUGUCCCGCGAGUUCCACAAGUACGAGGAAGCUCAUGCGCGAACCAACGAGAGCAACCAGGUGCUACACAAGGCGAUGACGCUACACAUCGCCAACUUGCGUCUGCUGGCUCAGCCGCUAGACGUGCUGCAGUGCAAGAUACCCAGCAUCGAUAAUAUUGUAGGUCUAGACCGUGAAACUAUGACGGAGAUGCGUCGCGUGGUCGGCAAGGUCCGCGAGAUGCAAACACAACGCGACUCUCUCGUACAACAGUUAAGAGAGGCGGUCACCAACGACGAUAUCACCUCGCAGUUGUUGGCGAGGAAUAACGAGCCUAAAGAGGAGAUAUUUAAGCAGGAGUUGAAGAAACAUAACCCUACGAUACAAAUCAUCGAAGCGAAUCUAGCGGCUCAAGAGAACAUAAUAAACAAACUGACUUCAGUCUACGCGUCUUAUGGCGACUCCAGACGUUUGCUGUCAGACGUGCUGAGGAAACGAGAAGGGCUUAUAAACGCCCUAAUCACAUCAUACGACACAUACGAAGAACUGCUGGGCAAGUCCCAGAAGGGUUUGGAGUUCUACGCGAAGCUGUCACACAACGUGUCGCAACUGCUGACGCGGCUGCGCAGCACGUGCCAGGUGCAGCGCGAGGAGAGGGCGCAGCUCCUCGCCAAGCAACAGGGGAAAGCAAGUACCCCAACCCCCACAGCGGCAGCCAGUCCCCCGCCCGCCAAACAAGCAGAGGCGAGUGCCAUAGUGAGCCAGCUGCCCCCCUCACUGGCGGCCGGAGGCGGACCACGCAAGCUGAAGGACUACUUACCGUAUAUGAAGAAUAGGAACCGCGGUAUGGCGCCGCAAGCUCCCGUGGAGCCAAUUCCUUUGGACUCAUAUUAUCCUGAAGGCAUAUACCCUACUUCUGUGCGUCCGACACCCGUUGGAUCAGAAGCAACGGACAUAAAUCAGACGCAGUUGCCGGAUGGCGUGGUAAUGCCUCCGGUACAAGCCGUCCCCAGUCCGUACGACCGGUACUUAUACGGUCCAUCCGAUUCCGAACCGUACGCCAUCCCAUCCAACUACCUAUUCCCAAAUACCAGCAAAACUUACGAAAAACCUUCUCACGAAGACCUGAGUUACGGGUACUCUACGUAUACUCCGCAACAGUUUUCAACAAAUACUUCAGAACAGCAAAUAUAUUCUAAUCCUUACUACGCCAAUUCUUAUGGCGCUCAAAAUAAUGCUACUGUUGUUACUGACUCACAGAACUUUUCUAAUGUGGUUCCGAACCAGGUCAAUAUGAAUCCGAACCAAGGAAAUGUCAAUCCAAACCAAGGAAAUGUGAAUCCAAACCAGGGUGGAAUGAAUCCAAACCAAGUUAGCAUGAAUCCGAACCAAGUCAGUAUGAAUCCGAACCAAGUUGGCAUGAAUCUGAAUCAAGUGAGCAUGAAUCCCAAUCAAGUAAACGUGAAUCCAAACAUUCCAAACCAAAUCAAUGUGAAUCCGAACCAAGUUAACGUGAAUCCAAACCAAAUGAAUGUGAAUCAGAACCAAGUCAACGUAAAUCUAAAUCAAAUCAAUGUAAAUCCUAAUCAGAGCUACGAACCAUACAUGAACCAGAUGGGACCAAUUCCUGAGUCUUCUAUGUCGUCCGUAUCUGCCUACAGUUCUGCGAAUCAGACGGACAUGAUCGCGAAUUUCGCACAAAUGCAUGUUUCGGGGCCUAAACACGAAAAUCCCCAAGAUUUUGGAGCAGAUUAUUCGCAGACUUUCUAUAGUGUGCAGUACCCAAAUGUAUCGACUCCUGGCUCGGCCGCCUAUACCAGUGCUCCUCAGAAUUCCAACACGAGCUUAGCGCCUUCCCAGAUGAAUUCUGACUACAGUACGUUGAACUACCCGUACAGUAACGAGUCGACGCAGUACAGUCAGCAAGUGCCAACGUUCUCGGCUGCUGACCCUUCUUACAACUAUGCCACUACCUUCGCCUCGACUUCCCAAGGAUACACAUACACUAAUGCCAACACUUCUACAACCUCAAGCAUAGCGAACUCCAACAGUCUCCCAUACUCCUUCACUUCAGAAAUGGACAACUAUAACCCAGCUCUGUCUCAGUUAGACGCUAUAGACAAACCGAUAAAGUCCCACGCGAAGGGCGAAGCCCUAUCCAGCUUGAGCUUCCAGCCGUCCUACCAAAACUACGGCUCCAAUGUUCCUGGCUACUCCAACCAACCCCAGACAUAUAACCCGACCAGCACGUACGGUUACACCGACCAAACAAACACGAACUUCUCACAGUCCUACCAAAAUCAUCCGGGUUAUAAUUUCAACUCGACAACGGGAACCUACGAGUAUAAUUUCGGCUCGCAAAACUCUUAUACGUACGAUAAUACUGUACAAGAGAAUGUGAAUUAUCAGCCGGCGGAGAAAGAUCAAAACUGGCAGCAGCCAGCGAUUUACACGAGCGCGGGGAAUGUGGGGACUUGUGAGACUGUGCAGUCGCCGACUGACAACUCGCAGAUAGUGCCGCAAAUGCCCGCAGAACAAGGAGUUAAUAACCAGAUGUACUAUAAUAACACGUACGGCUACCAGAGCGUGACGUCACCAGUGAACGACGCGCAAACAGCGCAGCAGACAGUUCCCAACAACUACGUAGUGAACGCGAACCAGCAGGGCUACGUGCCGACUGUGCCGACCCCACAGGACCAUCACGUCACGUUUAAUAGCGGUCCAGUGACGGCACCGAGUGACAAUGUUGAGCCAAAAUUUGAGACUUAUCCUAAUGUAGACAAUCAAAGCACUUCAAAUGUAGAGCAAAGUACUCCAUAUGUAGAACAGAGUACUCCAAGUGUAGAACAAAAUACUCCGAGUGUAGAACAAAGUUCUUCCGUAGAGCAGAAAGUUCCAGAAACAGUUCCGACCGACACUAAACCACAGGUCAAACCUGAGCUGACUGCGUUUGACUUGCUAUCGGAGAUCGACUUUUCAGUAGAACAAACUCCGCUUAUGCCUGAAAUUAAGGUGCCCCAAAUAUCUGAAAGUGCUAUAAGAAAACCUAUGGCACCUAGAGUAGAACCUGUGAAAAAGGUUCCAGUAAAGGAAGAAGUAAUUGAACGCCCUGCAAAGAGAGAUUUAUUCUCCGAUCCGAGUUUGUUGAACCAGUUCACUCAAGAAGUGAAGAAUCUACAGAAAUUGACAGAUUCAUUGACUAACAAAAUGCCUUGUGGGUUGACGGUACUGGACUCCAAAUGGAAGAAUUUCCAAGAUUUUCAGACGAAGCAGAAUAUGACGCGAAGCAAGACCAUCGCCAUGCAGCAUACAAACGGCAACAUAGUGACAGAAGUAGUGCCUUAUGACGACUCGCGUCUGACGCUCAAGUCUGACCCUGACGCGUUUAUCAACGCUUCGUAUUAUAAGCAACUAGCAUCAUGGUGCAUUCCUCUAGUGAUCUCGAAGAACCCCAGCGAGUCUGAAUAUACCGUGUUCUGGAAAGCGGUCUUAGAAAAUAAAAUAAGUUGCAUCGUGUGCCUGCUGAGUGAAAUUGAGAUGCAAGGCAAGACCUACUGGCCAACUGCAAAAGGACAGAGCUUGGACCUGUCAGAUGGUCUAAAAGUUCUCCUAGAUGAAGUGACGUGUACCGUGCACUGGACAGAGAGGAAACUCACCGUGGCUACCGGGAAAACUGUGUUGAAUGUCACACAUUAUCAGAUUAAUGUGUUUCCUGCCAAGAUCGUCUGCUCCCCCCUGGUACUCCUAGCAGACAAACUGCUCAGCCAGACGUACGACGGCAGACUGAGCAACCAGCUGUGCGGCGCGUGGGUGCAGGACGCGGCGGGGGCGGGCCGCAGCUGCGUGCUCGCUCUGCUGCUGAUGCUCAUGUGCCAAGUGCGAGCGGGGCAGAUGCAGCUGUGUGAUAUGUUAGACGCCGGGUGUAUGAACUUGUACACACAUAGGAGCAACGUGUUGGAAGACACCAAAUAUUUGGCCGACGCCUACAGAACUGCAUUGUUUUAUGUCCAAGGAGUUCUCUGUUCCGGUACAACAAUGUUCAACGGCGAAGCGGUGUCUCUCCCAUCAGGCGCGGCGGUACUUCCCCCCGUCACCCCCACUUCGAACCCUUCCACCGCCGGCCAGAAACCCACCAAGUUCUCCCGCGAAUCCUUCGAGGAAAUGAAACAAUCGCCAGGGUUGAAAAGCGGAGACAUGAAGGACCCACUCAACUUCCUCGACCCGCUCUGGAGCUUGAAGAAAAAGUGAGCUCCCUUCUUCGUCAAAUGGUUCGAUAGACUAUGACGUCUCUAGACGCAGCGAUACUCAACCUUCGGCCCGCUGAGGUGUCAGUCUUUCAGAUCUCACGUAUAAAGAGUAUUACUUAGCAUAUGGAUAGGUGCGCCCGUAUUGUUGCGGCCCCAGAAAAUAGUAGGUUGAGUAUCGCUGACGAAGAUAGCACCCGCUGGAGUAAAUAAAAUUAUGUUCGUGAUUCCUUUCGCCUGUCAUACACGAAGUGCCGAUUAUUUAGAUAUUACUGUUAAUUACUUAAUCACAAUUAUUUUAUCGUAAAAUAUAUUUUUAUUAGCUGUGUUUGCGUUUUCUUGACGUUUUUUAGUUUUAUUAAAAUUUUAACUUCUUAAUAAGAUAGGUUAAAUAAAAAUUAAAUAUUAUUCCACAAAAUAUGAGUAUUCUUAUUAUUUAUUAUCCUUACUAGAUUAAUGUUUCGCUAUACUUUAAAAUUAGCAUAUCUUGAUAUUAAUUAUCACAAAGUGUGACUGAAAAUAGUAUAGAAUGAGGAAGGCGAAAUGCGAAUGUUUUUUAAAUUUAGUUGGCUUUAAUUUUAUCUAGUUUUGGAUUAUUAUGAAUUAAUGAUCGAAUGCGUUUUAACAAAUAUUCCAUAAUUAACGGUUUCAUGUUAAUUUCAUUUUACAAAAUAUCUAGAAAGUACUAUACGGAUUAAGGAACAGGUUUGACGAUAUCAGAUUUUGUAUUUUUUGUUUAGUAAAAUUUACGAAAUAUGCUAUUAAUCAUGAUUCGGCAAAAAAACUAAAUUCAAUUGUUGCAUGCCGUCAUACUGAUAUGAAAAGAUUUUUUAACUUACAAGUAGUUACAAAAUCUUUAAUUCCUUUUUUUACAAAAAAAAUAUUCAGCGCAGCGAAAAUAUACAUGUUCCCAAGCGGCAGACUUUUCAGUGUCUACACUGAAAAGUCUGCAAAGCUUUUGUGUAGAUUUUGGAUAGUGAUUUUUGAUGGAUAUUGUAAAAAUAUUUUCAUUUAUGUUAAAGGAACAAAACGAGCAACCAUGUAAUGUAACUAAUUAUCACAAAUACUAAUAAUUUCGAAGCACUAUUAACUUUGGUUCAGUUCAGAUGGUAAGCGUUAUUCUUUCUGUUCUAUUAUUAUUUUGAAUUAGUUUUCGAUACCUACAAAACAUAAAUUGAACGAUUGUUAAAGUUUAUGCGCGAGCGCCGAGCAUCUGAACUUAGCUUUAUUGUAAGACAUUGUAUUAUUCCAACACUGUUUUAAUGCAACUACAUUCCUUAUGUUUUGUUUUAUUUUAGUUAUAAAUUAUACUAUUGAAUACAUGUUACGCACGCAUUUCGGGAUGCCAAUGUAUUUUAUAGGUUUAUACAAAGUUGACGUGUUCAGUCAACACUGAACUAUGAAAGCGCGGGCAACGUGCUCACUGACCGGAAUAUGUCAACAUUGUCUAAUACGUAGGUGCGAUAGUUAUUGUAAAGCAGUUAAAUUGUUUAAUGUUCCAUAAUUAUACUCUAAUGAUAGUUAUGUAUUUGAAUUUUCAUACAUUUUAAUAAAAGUUGAUUUUGUAUUAUUAUCUAUUGUAAUAAAAUGUAACGAAUAUUAAUGAAUUUAAUACUGUAGUUAGGUACUGAUAUUCAUAGCAUACUCAAAUAAAAUAAAUUGGACUGAGA